ACAAUUUUAGCAAUACAACAUACGAUAUACGUGUAAAGUUUGUCCAAUUAUUAAUUUAACAUAAUAAACAUUGUUAUAAUUAUAAUAUGUCUAAAGAAGAAUUUAUAUUAGUAAAUCGACGCAAGAAACGUAAAAAAUUCGUAAAAGUUGAUAAAACACAAUUAUCGCUUACACAAUUUGACGAAUAUGAAUUUGAUAAAGAUUUCAUAAAACGAACAAUAAUUGACGCAGGAAUCAAGCUAAAAGGACGUGCAAAUACAAUGAAUUCCAAUGUCAAGAUUAUUCGUGCUUUAGCACAAGAAUUACGUCAUAUUUCUUUAAAUGACAAAAUAAAAGAUAAUAUUACAAUGCAAUAUAUUUUGGAACAAGCACGUUCUCAUAAGGAAACUUCAGAAGUUCUAUGCAAAGCUCAAAAAGAAUUGAAGAACUUAGCUGAAACUUAUCUUUGUUACUUGACAUCGCAAAAGAAGUACAAGGAAAUUAAAAUGCAGUAUUCUGGUAAAGGAGAAAGAAGUAUUAAGGAUACCGCAGAUCUUGUUGGUUUUAAAUUACCACACGAUCCAAAAUAAACAAAAAUUGUUUGGUAAAAAGUCAAAUCAAAGUAUCUAUGUAGCGUUUGUAUAAAGAUUAUUAUUACAUUUUAUGUAGAUUUAAAAAAAAAGAAAAACAACUACUUCACCCUAAUGAAAAAUAUAUGUUGAAUAAGAGUACAUGAAAAUUAUGAUAGAAAAUUAGAGUAUAUUAAAAUUUUUCGUUAAUGGUCUUGUCCCAUUGAAACAAAUUAAUAAUUUCUGUAUAAUCACUACAGUUAAGCAAGCAACAUUGGGUAUGAUUAAUACUUGAAUAGGUGAUUACUUUAGAACAGUGUGUGUUAUUGACUUCAGGGAAACGAUAACAUAUAAUAGUUUUUCUAAACUUAUAAAAGACAGAAUAAUAACGAAAAUAUUAAUAAUUUUCAAUGUUGCUUUCUAGAAAAAGGAAAAUGGUUUUGUAAAAUAUAUAAAUAUACAAU